CUUUUCAACCCCAGGGAAAAUAACUUUCUUGUCGUCUCAUCAUUUUCAUUCCUCCUUUGAUUCCUUUUCGUGUUUGUGUUACUACUAAAAUAGUCGGCAUAGAAGGGCAGAAGAGCCAGCUAUUUUCUUGGGUAUCAACAGAUCCCUCCUACUCGUACAACAUCGAACAACACAGCCUUGCACGCAGGAGUAACCUCUCCUCCAACAUGUCACGGGAAGGAGAAAAGGAAGUUUCCGUCGAGGAAGGCCUGGAGCCUCACUUGCAGGAAAAGCCUGGUUUCCAGACCCCAGAUGGCAGCACGGAAGAAUCAGCGGCAGAACAACAAAAUGUUCCCGUCGAACAGUCCAAAGCACCGUACAACCCAUGGACGGACCCUUCAUCCUUCCCUGACGGUGGCACUGAAGCCUGGCUCACUGUCUUGGGAGGUUUCUGUUGUUUGUUCAACUCUUGGGGAUGGAUCAACUGUGUCGGAGUAUUCACGUCGUACUAUCUGGAAAACUCUCUGUCCCAAUAUUCGGCGAGUACUGUCGCAUGGAUCCCUUCGGUCGAGACGUUCUUCAUGCUCGCGUGCGGUCCUCUGGCCGGUUACAUCUUCGACAACUACGGUCCUCGGUACCUUCUCAUAGUCGGCAGCUUCCUCCACGUCUUCGGUCUCAUGAUGACCUCCAUCUCGAAAGAAUACUACCAGUUCAUGCUCAGUCAAGGUGUCUGCUCUGCCAUCGGGGCCAGUUUCCUCUUCAACCCGGCCAUGGGUUGUGUGUCGACGUGGUUCUUCAAGAAACGAGGCAUGGCCAUCGGGAUCAUGGCGGCGGGGUCCUCACUGGGAGGUGUCAUUUUCCCCAUUGUCGUGUCGCACAUGAUCCGAGAGACCGGCUUCGGCUGGGCCAUGCGGACCUGCGCGUUCCUCAUUCUCUUCAACUGCGUCAUCGCCAUCUUGACCCUCCGCUCGCGCAUUCCACCCUCGGGUCGCAAAUUCGACAUCAGGGCCUUCAUCCGCCCUCUGGGUGAAUUUCCCAUGGUGUGGACGACGGGUGCGGUCUUCAUGUUCUACUGGGGAAUGUUCUGCGUCAUGACAUUCAUCACCAUCGUCGCACACGCACGUGGGAUGUCCCUACAACUCGCCGAGUACCUCGUGUCGAUCCUCAACGCCGGUUCCAUCUUCGGCCGUACGAUCCCCGGCAUCAUCGGCGACAAGCUCGGACGGUUCAACGUCAUGAUCGUCUUUUGUACACUCACCGUCAUCUUCAUGCUGGGCCUUUGGAUCCCCGGCACGAGCAACGCCGCGCUGAUCGUCUUCGCGCUCAUGUUUGGCUUCAGCUCAGGCGCGGCCAUCGGUCUCACGCCCGCCCUGAUCGCUCAGAUAUCACCCAUCAGAGAGAUCGGGGUCCGCGUGGGCACCGUCUUCGCUGCCGGCUCGAUCGGUGCUCUCACUGGAAGCCCCAUCGCCGGCGCUCUCAUCAGCCGCGACCACGGCAAGUUCUUGUACAUGAUGCUCUUUGGUGGAUGCACCUGUAUCGUCGGUGUAGUUUUCUUCGUUGCCGCAAGAAUCAGCAUUGGGGGACUUUCUCUUAAAAAGAGGAUAUGAAGAUUUCAGACUUCCAUUGCCAAAAUGUACUGUAUGAGAACAUGGAACGAAUGCAUUUGGCAUAGAAUUGGAGGUUUGCUUUUGGCUGAAUGGAAACUAUUUGGUUUGGCUGGGCCAUGGUGGCAGUGCUCUCAGCUUCAAAAGAAAUAAAUAAAAAUACAUAUUGAAUUCAAC